GUAGGGUGUGUAGACUGUCGAAACGUCUAGGUUCGGUUCAUAAAAAUCUUGGUGGGCCUUCUGUGACCUGCCAAACCGCUUUCUUUCUCUCUUAUUUUUCAUUUCAUUGUUCAAACUUCAAAGCAAGCUGUAAGAUUUUUUUUUUUUUUUUUUUUCAAGUAGCUGCACCAUUUCUGCUUCAGAGUGAAAGCUGCCAUCUAAAGCUAAACUCCAUCAAAAUCAAAAUUGGAUCCAUAAAAACUGAGUUUCACUUUUAAUUUGUUUUGGGUCUUUAGAUUUCUAAAAAAAGGUACGAUCUUGCAUGAUUUUUGUAUUUGGGUUGAAGAUAAAUUGAUGAAUUUGAACUUGAGAACUUUAUUGUAACUGGGUUUUUGGUGUUCUUGCUGAAAAUGACCCCAGGUUAGUGUUUUUGUGAUUAUUCCUGCAGAUUAUUCAGAUUUUGAUUCCCAAUUUUAGCUUAAUUUAUUUUUUUAAUUUUUUUUAUUAAAAUUUCUGGGUUUUUGAUUACUUGAAGAAAUAGCAAAGGAAUUUAAAUUAUUGAAACAUUGGAUUUUUGUAAUAUUUGAACAGAUUCAGUUGAAUAUACUCAUAUAGAGAUGGGUGUUGGCCUGUUACUGAUUUUCUAUCAAAUUUCAUUGUUUAUAAUUUAAGGGUUUUUCUUCAAAUUUUAAUCCCCAUUGUUAGAAAUUAGACUUUGUUGAGGUAUUUGAUAAAAAGGGGUUUAUAUUUGUUUUAUGGGUUAAGAAGUGUGGUGUAAUUGGUGCAAUGAUGAGAGUGAUUGCCAUUGGAUUGUUGGUUUGCACUCUCAUUUUGUCUGUAUCAACCAUUGUUUGUGGAUACUCACAUUGUAAUUGUGAUGAUGAGGGGUUUUGGAGCAUUAACAUCAUUAUGGAAUGCCAAAAAGUGAGUGAUUUCUUGAUUGCCAUUGCCUAUUUCUCGAUACCAAUUGAACUAGUAUACUUCAUUAGUUGCGCGAAUGUUCCCUUCAAAUGGGUACUCGUCGAAUUCAUUGGUUUCAUUGUACUCUGUGGAAUGACCCAUUUGCUCAAUGGAUGGACUUACUAUGGUCCUCACUCAUUUCAGCUCAUGAUGUCACUUACAAUAUUCAAAUUCUUAACAGCUUUGGUUUCGUGUGCCACAGCAAUAACCCUUUUAACUUUGAUCCCUCUUUUACUUAAAUUGAAAGUUAGAGAGGUGUUUUUGACUCAAAAUGUCUUGGAAUUGGACCAAGAGGUUGGAAUAAUGAAAAAGAAGAAGGAAGCUAGUUGGCAUGUUCGAAUGCUCACUCGAGAAAUAAGGAAAUCACUCGAUAAGCAUACUAUACUACACACUACUUUGGUUGAACUUUCCAAUAUUUUGGACUUGCAGAAUUGUGCUGUUUGGAUGCCAAAUAAUAUUAAGACUUCAAUGAACUUGACCCAUGAGUUGAAGCCUAGCCCCUCAAAUAUCUUUCCUAGUAAUAUCCCAAUGAAUGAUCGCGAUGUUCAGGAGAUACGUGAAAGUGAGGGAGUGAGGAUUUUAAGACCAGAUUCAGCACUGGGAAUGGCAAGCAGUGGUGGUUUGGAGGUUUCUGGUUCUGUGGCAGCAAUUCGAAUGCCAUUGCUGAAUGUUUCAAAUUUCAAAGGUGGGACUCCUGAAUUGGUUCAAACUUCUUAUGCCAUACUAGUUUUGGUUCUUCCAAGCUCAACUGAUAGGGCUUGGAGCCAUCAUGAAUUAGAAAUGGUAGAAGUGGUUGCUGAUCAAGUAGCUGUGGCCCUUUCUCAUGCUAAUGUUCUUGAAGAGUCUCAGCUGAUGAGAGAUCAACUAAAGGAGCGAAAUCGUGUUCUGCAGCAGGCUAAGAAGGACGCGAUCAUGGCAAACCAAGCUAGAGAUUCAUUCCAAAAGGUGAUGAGCCAUGGAAUGAGGAGGCCAAUGCACUCAAUUCUCGGUCUUCUUUCAAUGUUUGAAGAGAAUAUGAAUUUUGAGCAAAAAAUCAUGGUUGACACCAUGGUGAGAACUGGUAACGUGAUCUCAACUUUAUUAAAUGAUGUGACAGAAAUAUCUACAAAAGACAAUGGAAGAUUCCCUUUGGAGAUGAGGCUUUUCCACCUGCAUUCCAUGAUUAAGGAAACUUCUUGCCUGGCCAAAUGUUUAUUUGUUUAUCAAGGGUUCAGCUUUUCUCCUGAUGUUGAGAGUAGCUUGCCAGCCCAGGUGAUUGGUGAUGAGAGAAGAACAUUUCAGGUUUUGCUACACAUGGUAGGGCACCUACUGCAUUUUUCGCUUAAAGGGGGCUUAAUGAUUCUUCGAGUGUCUGAAGAAACUGGCAGUGUGGGAAAGAAUGAUAAUAAGUGGGGGAUGUGGAGGUCAGCUUCUGCUGACGAGUUCAUUAAAGUAAAGUUUGAGUUUGACAUAAGUGGAGGUCAUCCGACAGACACUGUCAGGAGAACCCAAAAUGAUGCAAAUAAGGAAGUUUUGAGCUUCAACAUGUGCAAAAGGCUAGCUCAGAUGAUGCAGGGUGAUAUCUGGAUAUCUCUAAACUCAUAUGGCUUGCCGCAGAAUAUGACUCUUGUUCUUCGAUUUCAAAAGCAAAAACACCUUCCUGAUGGAAACUCUUAUAUGCCGGAGCACACAUUUUCUAACUCUCGCUUUAGAGGCUUAAAGGUCUUGAUUUCUGAUGAUGAUAAUGUAAAUCGGACAGUGACAAAGAGGUUGCUGGAGAAGUUAGGCUGUGAAGUAUUUGCCUGUUCCUCUGGUUUCAAGUGCCUCACUGCUUUGGCACCUUCGCAAAACACUAUUAGAGUUGUGCUACUUGACCUUCACAUGCCUGAAAUGGAUGGUUUUGAAGUCGCAAGAAGAAUCAGGAAAUUGUAUAGCGGAGGCGGUCCAUCUAUUAUAGCCAUAACAGCAAGUGCAGAGGAUAAUAUAUGGGAGAGAUGCUUACAAAUUGGGAUGAAUGGUCUAAUAAGGAAACCUGUGGUGCUGCAGGGAAUAAUUGAUGAGUUCCGAAGGGUCCUCAGGUGACCAAAAUGAGAGUUUCUCGAGGUAUUAGAUUUAUUUUAGAACAUAGGCAGCCAAGCAUGUCAAUUUAUACGUACAUCGUUACCCUUUAAUCUGGGAUUAGGAAUGUCCAUCACAGGCAUUAGAAGUUCAGUUACUUUGUUUGCUAACAGUAGCUGAUGGCUGAGACAUCUUUUUAUAAUUUUUUUUUUUUUUUUUUUUUUUUUUUAAUUUUGAAAACUGUAGUAAAAUGUGUCAUUGAUUUAACAUAAUGUCUAGUAUGAACUAUACUAUACAUGAUAUACAUAGCAAGGAUAGAAUAUUUUUAUAAGACAAUAAUUUAUAGCAAUUUUUUGUGAUAAAAAGAUAGCAAAUCAGCAAAUGCUAAGCAUUUUUAUUGACAAAAUUAGGAUAAAUCUGUAUUGCUAUUUUAGGGAAGUGGGCUUAGUGUUGUUUUAAAGACUAGAAUAGACCCGGUCUACAAUAACUUAUUGUA